CACAAACGCUCCGCCCCCUUCCACCUUAGCCAAGUGUAAAGAUGGCGUCCAUCAUGGAGGGGCCUCUGAGUAAAUGGACUAACGUCAUGAAAGGCUGGCAGUACCGAUGGUUCGUCCUGGACUACAAUGCCGGGCUACUGUCCUACUACACGUCCAAAGACAAAAUGAUGCGUGGCUCCAGAAGAGGCUGCGUGCGCCUUCGGGGAGCAGUGAUUGGCAUCGACGACGAGGACGAUAGCACCUUCACCAUCACCGUGGACCAGAAGACCUUCCAUUUCCAGGCCCGUGAUGCAGACGAGAGGGAGAAGUGGAUCCACGCUCUAGAGGGGACCAUCCUCCGCCAUACCCUCCAGUUGCAGGAGGCAGAGGCAGGCUUUGUUCCCAGCGUUCAAGAUUUCGAUAAGAAACUUGCCGAGGCAGAUGCCUACCUGCAGAUUCUGAUUGACCAGCUAAAGCUUUUCGAUGAAAAAAUCAGAGACUGCAAAGAAGAUGAGUCACGCAGAAAAAUCGAAAAUCUUAAAGGAACUACCUGUAGUAUGGUAGAAUCUAUCAAGCAUUGUAUUGUGUUGCUACAAAUCGCCAAGGAUCAAAGUAACGAACAACAGCACUCAAACGGAUUGAUAAGCACCAUCAACCCAGUAGAUGGGAUAUAUCAGCCCAGCCCUCUGGAGACCACUGUAGUCAGCAGCAUGCCAACACAGACUACCCUUCCUGCAGACAGUGCACAGACGGGCAAGGCAGAGCAGCGGCCCUCCUCCCUGGCAGUGGGACCUGUGAUCACAGUGAUGGGCAGCCUGCAGACACCAACGCCAAACAGCACAGGCAGUGGUCCCUCAGCCCCCAGCAGCAGCAGCAUUACCACCCCGAGCCACAUCAACCUCUCCUCCAACACGGUGCCCGACUUCUCCUACUCCAGCAGCGAGGAUGAGUUCUAUGACGCCGACGAGUGGAGCAGCACCUCUCCCAAGCACUGUAUAGAUUCCUCCCUGCCACUCGGACCUACGCCCCAUGGUGGCACAGGGACGGCCUUGAAGCGACCGCACACCAACGACUCUCUCAACUCCUCCAUGUCCAACGGCACCACGGAUGCAGACCAGUUCGACAGCCACGACGAUCGCGAUGACGACCCAGAAGGGGAGUCCGUGGAGGAGCACAAGAGUGUCAUCAUGCACUUGCUGUCCCAGGUGCGGCUGGGGAUGGACCUCACCAAGGUGGUCCUGCCAACGUUUAUUCUGGAGAGAAGGUCACUGUUGGAGAUGUAUGCGGAUUUCUUUGCACACCCGGAUUUGUUUGUCAGUAUUGCAGACCAGGCUGACCCCAGAGACCGCAUGGUGUAUGUGGUCAAGUGGUACCUGUCUGCCUUUCACGCGGGAAGGAAAGGCUCAGUGGCCAAAAAGCCCUACAACCCCAUCCUGGGAGAGAUCUUCCUCUGUCACUGGGAUCUUCCUUCUGAGGGAGAGGAAAUGGCACCUAUGGAGCCGGUAUCUGAGGGCCCCGUACCCUGGUGUGGGAAGAGCAGUGUGUCUUUCGUGGCGGAACAGGUCUCUCACCACCCCCCUAUAUCUGCAUUCUAUGCUGACUGUUUCACCAAAAAAAUCCAGUUCAACGCGCACAUCUGGACCAAGUCAAAGUUCCUGGGGAUGUCAAUAGGAGUCCAUAACAUCGGCCAGGGCUGUGUAUCCUGUCUGGAACACGAUGAACACUACAUCCUCACCUUCCCAAACGGCUACGGCAGGUCGAUCCUGACGGUCCCCUGGGUGGAGCUGGGUGGAGAAUGCAACAUCUCCUGCUCGAAGUCGGGCUACAGUGCCAACAUCGUGUUCCACACCAAGCCCUUCUACGGCGGCAAGAAGCACAGGAUAACGGCAGAGAUUUUCUCCCCGAAUGACAAGAAGCCAUUCUGCUCGAUUGAGGGCGAGUGGAAUGGAGUGAUGUAUGCAAAAUGGGCCUCAGGGGAAAAUACCCUGUUUAUUGACACUAAAAAAUUGGGCAUUAUCAAGAAGAAGGUGAGGAAGUUGGAAGAUCAGCUGGAGUAUGAGUCGCGCAACCUGUGGAGGGACGUCACCCUGAACCUGAAGCUGAAAGACAUCGACGCGGCAACGGAGGCCAAGCACCGACUGGAAGAGAAGCAGAGGGCGGAGGCCAGGGAGAGGAAGGAGAAGGAGCUGCAGUGGGAGACGCGGCUGUUCCACGAGGAUGGAGAGUGCUGGGUUUAUGACGAACCUCUGCUGAAAAGAUUAGCCACGAAAGGAACAAAGUGAGACAUGGUGAGGCAACGGAUGCAAAAAGACAGUCUUAAAGAACUAUAUCAACCAUUUCUCAUCCAAGCCUCCCAAGGACUGAUGACCAAAGUCAUUCUCAGCACUGCAUUUCCAGCAUUUAUUAAGGAAAAAAUGUGGUCCUUUUCAACAACCUCACGUCCACCAAUCGCAAACUGUCGAUGCUCCUGUCAAGACCAAAUCAAGUGCGAUGCGGGAGUCCGCAACACAGCCAAGCACUCAUCAGUCGCGCUGGAAGUUCCCUCAAGGGUCUCCAUCUCCUCAAAGUGGGGCAGUGGGGAUAAUUGGAUCAAAAACAACCCUUGAAAACAACAGCAUUCUGUAACUCAGGGAAACUGGGGAAAAAGAUGAUGGCUGCAUCUCCAGAAGUUCAAAGGCCUUAUAGAUGUCAUCAUAGGGGAGGAUGGGUUGGCUUGCCUAAUACUAUAUGUGUACAUUUUUUCCCCCCUUACUGGCAUUGAGGACUUUAACUCUUUUAGGACACGAGUUUACUGAUGACAAAUCAGAAAUUAAGCCUUUCUUUUCUCACACUGGAAAGUACAACAUUUAAUCAUUUUCCAUCUGCAUUCAUUGCCAUUGUCUUUUCAUGCACAUAUAUAUAUAUAUAUAUAUAAUGUAUAGAUUACAUAAAUAUAACAGAGGAAUAAGGAAGGCUAUAGUGUCAGUUGUGCAAACACUUACAAGCUGCAGUCACUAAUAUAGUUUUGUAAUAUGUUUUUUCCCCCAAUGGAGAGGAUGAGUUUUUAGAAUUUUGUUGCAGUAUCCGGCUUGUAUACUUUGGCAUCAGAGCCUUGUUGUAUAAAUAGUGCCCAACAAGUGAAGCUGCACAAAAGCACCACAGCCAUAGACAGUGCUAAUCCUAAAGGCUACAGCUUUGCCACUAAGUCCUUCAAGAUGAAGAAAAACUUUAUGCAAGAAUAAACAUUUAAAUUCAAAAGCGUUCCUCAGUCAAAUGUCUGACCUGAAACAAAAUGUUGAGGCAAUAAGCCAACGGCUUAGAAUUGGGUUUGUUUCAGGGUGUUUCCCCUCCAAAUUACUGUCCUGUAGGAUCACGGAUAAGAUACUGACCAGGUCUUUUCACAUUAUGUCUUUGGGUCAAUUAGCGGAGGUUACAGACAUAACAGGAAGGCCUGCAAGCUGACAGUGCCAAAGAUCUUGUGUGAAAAGCUGAUUGAUCCUUUAGACGUGUGGCAAAAUGAGUAUAAUUGAAUUUGCUUCCGCUAACAUUUUUUACACGACGGUGUAGAUAGCUCAGUUUUGUUUUUUAGGCUUAUGAAAUUUGCAGAUAGCGAUGAUUCUGAAGCCAUUUCCUUUCUUUUCUAUAUUGUUAUUGUAAAUGAAUAUUGAAUUGAGGCCUUGCCAUUCAUUUUAGUAUUACUUGCUUGAAAGAGCAAUCAAAGCAAUGUAUUUUUUAUUUUGCAUUUUCUUGAAAUCAUAAUUGAUUGUACCAUAUUCUCAUGUGUAAUGAUGCAAAUAUUAAACCUCUAUGAGUUUAAAUUUUA